AUAUUAUUACAUAUUAACACUAGCUUUAUUGCAACCAUUCAAUUAUAUAAGAUUUCUGUGUCUUCAUUGGGAAUUCAAUUUCAAGAGUUAGCUACAAGAUUUUCUUCACCCAAGUUAAAAGAAUAAUCUUAUUACAAAACCAAGAAAUUUGGUGAAAUUGAAUAUCAUUCAAUCAACAAUAAUACGACUACAACAAUGUCUUACUUGAAAUCACCACACUACGCCAUGAACGGACUUGGACUCGGUCAUGAUAUGAAUUUAAUUCAUCCUGGAGUUGCUUAUCAGGAUCCAGCAGCAUGCUAUUUCCAAAGACUCCAAGUUCAUCAGGGCCACAAAAAUAUGGGACCGUUCGGGGCUCCUCCUGUAUACAGUACAUCAAGAAAACAGAGAAGAGAGCGAACUACAUUUACACGUGCCCAACUUGAUGUGUUAGAAGCUCUUUUCGCCAAAACACGUUAUCCAGACAUUUUCAUGCGAGAAGAAGUUGCUCUUAAAAUUAAUCUACCAGAAUCUCGUGUUCAGGUAUGGUUCAAAAAUCGCCGAGCAAAAUGCAGGCAGCAGCAACAGCAACAACAACAAAAACAGGGCAGUAAGUCCAAUAGUAAUACCGGAUCCAACUCCAACAAUAAUAGCAGCUCCAACUCGUCAACGAAAAAGAAAAGUCCGCCUACAACUCCAACUACUGGUAGUGAAUCAGAGCAGUCUUCCCAUAACCCAACAAGCGUCAGUCCACCAUUUCAACAACCUCUACAACAAUCGAAGAACUCGCCUUCACCAGUUGCAUCACCUACUGAUCCAUUGAACCAUAUCGCUCCUCCUCAAGGACAAUUAUCGGGACUGCCACCCACAGCUGCCAACGCUCAUGCUAACACCGGAAACGUCAAUAAUAUAUGGAGUCCAGCUCCACUCUCACCAGGAGCAAGCAGCGAUGGUACUGGUGGACAUGGAGGAUCAAUGUCGUCAUUGGCUGGUGUAGCACCCCCGGCUUCCAGCUCAUCUUGUAUGUCAAUUAGUCCAUAUGUUGGAAACGCCCACUCGCCUUACGGAUUGUCUAGCAACACACAGGUAACUUCAACUGGAUAUUCACAGGCUUACCAACCACAAUCGUAUUUUGGUACAAUGGAGGCGUCUUAUCUUCCGUCAAUGCAGUUUCCGUCUGCAGGGCAUAGUGUUAGUGCUGCAUCCAUGGCAUCUCAGCACCACGCUGCAAAUUUGCACCACUCGGCUCAUAUGCACUCAGGACAUCACAACGGAACACAAGUAACAUCCCCACAUGCUCAAUUUAUGUCACAAAGCGCAUACGCUUAUCCUCAUCAUAGUUCAACAGCAGGAUUGAACGGAUACGGUAACGCGGCUGAUUGUGGAGACUACAGCAAAGAUCAAUCCAGUGCAUGGAAAUUUCAAGUGUUGUGAAGUUAGAAAUAACUAAAGCGGGCAUUAUGGUUAAUCCCGCAUCGUCUUGGCGUUACAGCGCGUGAAGAUGAAAAGCGCUCAGGGGCAGCCAGAACGCCAUCGAAAUAAUUCGCGCCAAGCAGGCUUAAACGCACAGCAGUAAAAGAUGUGGCUCACAAUCGCUAAACAACAAAAAAUUUAAUCCUUGUUCUGUUUGCGUCAAUAACUGAUCAAAUGUAAUGUCGGGUACAUUACAAAUUUAAAAAACAAUGCCCAUUGACUAUACUUAAUAUGACCAGUGUUCGAAAAAUUAUUCGUUAUUUUUAAUUUUUCCUGUUGCUACCAGUGGAUAACGUAUUUGUUACUACGCUUAUUUUACUUUUAUCUUUUUAUUAUGAUUACUUUUAUUUCAUUAUUCCUAUUAUUAUCAGUGGCAAAUUUUAGGCAUAGGCAUUGUUAUUACUAAUAAUAUACUUAAUGUUAAGUUUUCUCAUUUUUUGCAAAAUUGCGUUAUGAAGGUAUCUCAUCGUGCAUUGUGUAUGAAUAAAAACGUAGUAUUUGUGUGUAAAAAAA